GAAACAUAAUAUUUUUGUUUCUGGACUCUAGAAUUCUGUCGUGGUAGAGCUGGAAUAGAUUAGGUGAUCAUGCUGUCAAUCUCAUUAUUGGUAAUUUUUAAGUCCUUCAGCAAUUAACAUCUGCUCCUCGGUAAUGACUCAACUGUGCUGAGAUAGUCAGAGAUUAUAUGCACUUUGAUUCCUUCACCUCGUCCUCGUUGAUUUUGGACCAGCCGAUUUACACUCGGUCAAAGAUUACGUCAAAGAUAAUUGUCAGGUUACUCAGGUUCCAAUCUUGUGUUAGCAGAGAAUUAUAAGCUUGCAGGGACGAGAGACUGAGAUAAAGCUAGAACCGAGCUCCAGCACUGGUAUUUGCCUCCGUGUUUUGCUAGCAAGAAGAAUGAAGAUAUGGUGGGCCAUUUCGGGAGUCUUACUCAUCUUCGCGCUCUCGGGGAUUUUAUCGGGGGUUGAUGCGGACUCUGGGUUGUGCGAGAGCACUGACAGUUAUGGGGUUUGCAAGGGGGGCGCUGGAGAGAAUUUGUUUGUGGAUGCAGCCACGUUGCAAGAACAAAUUGACGAGCUUUCUGCGUACUCCGACACUCCGGCACCCACGGUGACACGCAUCCUGUACACCCCGAACGAUGUCGCAGCCCGCAGGUUUGUGAAGAAAUUGAUGAGCGAAGCAGGCCUAUCAGUGCGAGAGGAUGCCAUCGGCAACAUCUUCGGUCGUUGGGAAGGAACCGACCCAACCUUACCUGCAGUGGGAUCCGGCUCUCAUACGGACGCAAUACCUUACGCUGGAAAGUACGAUGGAGUGUUGGGAGUGCUGGGUGCCAUUCAUGCAGUGCAAGCUCUGCAGAGGGUAAAGUUUCAGCCCAAGAGAUCCAUUGAUGUCAUCAUGUUCACUUCCGAGGAGCCCACCCGGUUUGGCUUCGGGUGCCUUGGAAGCAGAGCCAUGGCCAAAAGUGGCAAGAUCUUCGACAUUCUUAGAGAAGCCAAGGAUUCGAACAACGUCACAUUCGCGGACGCCGCGAAAGAAGCAGGAUAUACCGACGUGGAGGAGAAGCUUAAGUCGUCUGGACUGGAGAAAGGAGCCUACUCAGCUUUUGUGGAGCUUCACAUCGAACAAGGCCCAAUGCUUGAAAAGGAAGGGAUUCCUAUUGGUGUGGUGACCGCAAUCGCUGCGCCAGCGAGCUUGAAGGUAGGAUUCAAGGGCGAUGGAGGCCACGCCGGGGCUCUGCUUAUGCGGUACAGGAACGAUGCUGGGCUUGCAGGAGCGGAGCUGGCCCUCGCAGUUGAGGAGCACGUUCUGGCGUCCGGAUCAGUGGACACAGUAGGCACUACAGGAGUUCUGGAGAUUCAUCCAGGAGCAGUUAACAGCGUCCCACGAGAGGCGCGCCUGGAGAUUGACAUUCGAGACAUCGAUGAAGCCCGACGAGACAAAGUGGUGGAGGGAAUUCGAGCAUCAGCAGAAGCAAUCGCGAAGAAACGGAACGUUAUCCUCACAAAUUUUGAUAUUGUUAACCAGGACCCUCCUGCGCUGAGUGGAGGGCAAAUUGUGGAAGCUGCAGAACAAGCUGCGGAUUCACUAGGGCUUGAAUACAAGUUGAUGAUUAGUAGAGCUUAUCACGACUCUCUGUUCAUGGCGAGAAUCUCACCCAUGGGCAUGAUCUUCAUCCCAUGCUACAAGGGCUACAGCCACCGCCCUGAUGAGUUCUCCUCCGUGGAAGAUAUGGCCAAGGGUGUGCAAGUCUUGGCCCUAACCUUGUUGCAACUUUCAUCUACUUGAUUCUGCCUUCUUACAGGUUGCUCGAGUAACGCGACAAACCUUAAGAGCAAACGAGGUAGAGACUAGAGAAGUUGGAGCAAAUGAAUCGUCAAAAAUUGUACACUUGUGUCCAAGCAAUGAAGUUAUGGUUAUCAUGGUUAUCACAAACUUGACAGAA